CUGCAAUAACAUCAUUCUCGCUCGUUAUCGCGGUACCGCGCCGCGUGCACAACACACUCUUUAGGUUCAGAGUACUCUCGUUCGUUGUCCCACCAUGGCGUCCAAGGUUGCGCAGAAGCGGCUGCAGAAGGUGCGCACCGCCUCACCUUGUCGAGUCGUGCCGCCCACUGACAUGCAGGAGUAUCUCGCUAUGCAGAAGGCGCCGCCGCCCUUCAUUUGGGCCGUGCCCGAGGAGAAGAACAUCCUUGACUGGCAUUUCAUCAUCCGCGGACCUCCCGACACGCCAUACGCGGGAGGCGAAUAUCACGGUCUCAUCUGGUUCCCCAGUGACUACCCCUUCAAGCCGCCUGAUGUCAAGAUGUUCACGCCGACCGGCCGCUUCGAGUGUGGCGCCAAGAUCUGCAUGAGCAUGACCUCCUAUCACCCUAGCACGUGGAAUGCAGCAUGGUCUGUAGCAACGAUCUUGACCGGCUUGCUCAGCUUCAUGUUGAGUGACGAGAUCACAGCUGGUGCUGUCAAGACUACCGAUGCCCAGAAGCGUGAUUACGCGACCAAAUCGCACGCGUUCAACUUGAACAACAAGAAGUUCCGCGAAAUCUUCCCGAAGUACGCGACGCAGGAGAUGACCGACCUUCCCGAUAUGGGACAGCAGCCAUCGACAUCGACAACAGCAGUGAGAGGAGGCGUAUCAGCCGCACCCGACACGCCCGUCUCAUCUGGACUGUCGACACCAGCAUCCACGAACCUCAACACCCGCAGCCCGUCGCCUACCAUCAACACUCCCAAACCUCCUGUGCCACCUAUUCUAGCCGAUGCCCAGCCUGUGCUUCAACAAGGCGUGCAGCAACGGCAGCCGCCCAACGUUCGCUGGAUUCCAUCCUGGCGGUGGCUAAUUGCCAUCGUCGUCCUCGCUGUCCUUGGUCGCAUAUCCAAAGGGCCCGAGUGAGUAGAGCGUCCGAGGAGCCUGCCGUAGUUGUUUCGACCCCUUAUUUGUACUCUCUAUAUGGCAUCGCUGUCCCCUGUUCCUCCGU